AUGCAACAACAACAACAACAACAGGAUAAACAAUCACCAGGUUCACCAUCACCAUCGUUUAAUUUUUCAACAGCCCAAGUUGCAAAUUCAUCUCAACAAAAUUUAAAUAAAGCACAAAUGGCAAUUGCAGAAGCCAUGGCCCAAAGAAUGCAUGAGGAAGAAAAAAGAAAAAGAGAAGAAAAAAAAAGAAAAAGGGAUAAUGAGGAGAUGUGGAGCAAAACAAUUAAACAAAAAUUAGAAGGUGAAAGAAAGAAGUUAGAUGACUCUGAAACCAUGUUAGCAACAGCAAACCAAGAGUUAUAUGCAUUGUUUAACGAUUUACAAAUGAUUUCACAUGAUCACAAUAUAUCAUUUGAUACACCAGAAUUGGUUGUAGUAGGUAUGCAAUCAGAUGGUAAAUCAUCAUUUAUUGAAUCACUUUUAGGGUUCCAGUUUAAUAUAGUCGAAACUAAUAUUGGUACUAGAAGACCAUUGAUUAUUCAAAUGAUCAAUAAUCCUCUAAAACAACAACCAUCAUGUAGAUUUAAAAAAGAGGACUACAGCUCUGGUGAAUCAUCAAGACAACCAGUUAGCAGCAGCCAAGGUAGUACAACCAAUGGAAAAGAAUUAUCUGCAUCCUCGGCCAAUAACUCAUUAGACGAUAAAUGGGAAGAAUAUGAAACACCUGUCAAUGAAUUAACCGAAGAGAUUGUCAGAAGAACUAAUGAAAGAACGGGUAGAUCUGGUGAUAGAGUUUCAGCAGUACCAAUAUUUUUAAGAGUCGAAUAUGCACAUUGCUCCAAUUUAAAUAUUUAUGAUACACCAGGAUUUAGAAAAGGUGGUGAUGAAAGAUUAAAACACGAAAUUUCAGAGAUGGUAAAGAAAUUAAUAGAACCAAAGAAUCGUAUUAUUGUAUGUCUUGAGCAAUCAAAUGUAGAAUGGGCCAAUACAAUAUCCAGACCAUUAGUUAAAAAAAUAGAUCCAGAUUUUAGCAGAACUAUUCUUGUUAAUACCAAAUUUGAUAAUCGUGUUAAAGAACUUCGUAAUAGAGAAUCUGCCCACAAAUAUUUAGAAGGUGAAGGUAUUGUAUCUCAAAAGAAACCAUUCUUUAUAAGCUUGCCACUCAAAAGAGAUUUAGAGAAUAACAAGUUUAAAGAAUCAAUGAAAGAUUGUUUCUUGGAUGACUAUAAAAAGCUUUUGGAAGUUGGUUUUGAUGAAAAUAGAUUCGGUGGUCAAAUUGGUAUCUAUAGAGUAAAGAGCUUUAUUGAAAAUCUCCUUCACGAAAAGUAUCAACAAAAUCUUUUGCCAUCAAUGCUUCAAUUGGAAUCAAUUUGUAAGAAAACUGAAGGCGAUAUAGCUCGUGUUAAAAAAGAGCUCGAAGAUAACAACAUUGGCAGUCUUAAACAAAAGGUAAUUAAAUUUGUUACCAACUUCAAUAGCCAAAUCGAUCGUUUGCUUGAAGGUAGUGUAGUUGGUGAUCCUGAUGAAUAUGGCCAAAGCUUGCUUCAAGAAAAAGAAAACUGCUCAGUUCAGCCAUGGCCAGGAUAUAAUUUCGAUUUUGAUAUUCAAAACUCAUCCUACAGCCUUUAUGGUGGUGCUCAAUAUGAACGUUUGUUAAAUGAAUUUGAAUAUGUUAUCCACAGCAAAGAAUUUCCAGAAACCUCAAUUAAUGAAGUUGCAUCAGCCAUCGGUGUUUCCAAAUAUCAUAAUUCACCAAUCUAUGAAUUGGCAGCUACAAAUAUUUUCCAAACCAAAUCAAAAAGAGUAAUUUUACCUUUAAUCGAUAUUGUUCUUCAAAGAUCAUCAUACAUCAUGAAAAGACUAUUCGAUAUUAGUGUCUCAAUUCUCUCCAAAGAUGAAACCGAAUCAUCACACACAGUUUCACUCUACGAACAUUUCCUCAAGGAACUUAAAGGCCAAUAUGAAUCAUUCAUCGAUGACAUUGAAAAUGAAUGUAAAUCACGUCUCAAAGAUGAUUUCGAAAUGUUUACUAAAAUUGUAGAUUGGAAUCUCUUAAAUGGUCUUAGCGAAAUUAAACCAUACAAUUAUCUAAAGGUAUCACCAGAAGAAACAAAGCAACGUGUUGUUUCAAUUAUGGAGCCAUCCAGAAAGCCAGAGGAUGAUGAUCUCUUAUCUCGCUCAAGAAAAAUUGAUGAUGAGACAUACCAAAAAGUUUGUAUGAUUGCAGGUCGCCUUUUCUCUGGGAUUCGUUUCUUUUUCUCAAAACUCAUCAGAAACAAAUUAAAUGCUUUCUUUUUAAAUCCAAUGUUCCAGAAAUUAGGACCUAUCAUGGUAAACUACUUUUCGAAAUUACCCGACCAGAAAUAUGAAGAAAUGUUCCAAUUGGGUAUUAAAGAAUUAGAAAAUAAACUACAUAAACUAGAGCAUCAAUUAGUAGAUUGCAAAAAGAACAGAGAUAAAUUUAAAGAAGUUUACAAUAGAAUGAAACAACAGAUUCAGCUAAAUAAUACCAAUACAAAUAAUAACAUUAGCAAUACCAAUAAUAUUUUAUCACUCUUAAAAAACUCUGCCUCUCCUGAUAAGUUUUCAACUGCAACCUCAAAAAACUAUUCAAAUAACCAACAUAUGGUAGAUUUAAGUGAUAAUCCAUUAACAUUUGAUUAA